GUUCGGCGGCCCCCUCCCCCUCCCGCCCCCCUCCCCCGCACCUUCUCCCGCUCGAGAAGUGAGGCUGCUUGAAUGGGGAGCUGUCAGGGGACUCACUCUCGGCCCAGGGAUCGCUUCGCCUUCGUGCUCUGCCUGAGGUCGCCCCAAUCCAAGUGGAAUUUGGUGUGCACAGCCAUACUGUGUGUGCGUCUCCUCUCCCUCUCCUCCUCUCCCCCCACCUUCGCCGUCUGACCAAUGCUGGGAUCGAGAUCCAGUCGCCCCCUUCCUGCCUCCUUUCCGCCUCUCCCCACCCUUUUCUUCUCUGGUCUACACACCACCCGCCCCCUCUCCCACCCACCUAAAGGGCAAAGAGCAAAGACACCCUGGAACAGCAAGGGCCAAUUCCAUCUUCGCGGAUGGAAGGAGGCCUCGGGCAGGGAUUGCGCUGUGAGUGACAACCUUUCAGGAAGAGAGGAAGGGAGAGAUCCGGAGAUGCGCUCGGGCCCUCGGGAACAGCGAAGCCCUCCGCUGACCAAGAGCACCGAGGUUUUAAAUAACAGGAACGCGGUCCUGGGACACUCACUCGCCUGCCUGCCUGCUACCGCGGGCACGGGGAGCUGUGGUCUGUCCUGAGCUCCCGUCACUGGCAUCGCCGCGCUAGGUGCGCGCCCGGCUCUCCCAUUGGUAUGCAGCGACCAUUUCCCUGCAAGUCUCAAAGGUGGAAACGUUUAAACGGAUUACAAGCGUGAUUUGGUAGCCUUUCGGAAACUUGGUGGUCAGAAGAGGAGAAGCUACAAGGCUACAGGAUGAUGGAUACAAUUCCGCCUCCCAGAGAGUUUGCCCCUCCCGCUGGGAAGCCCCUCGGAGCAAACCUCGGAGAUCCUGAGCGCUCUGCACCAUAGGUACUCGCCGCCAUCCUUUCCUACUCUUCCUAAUUGAGACCAGUCUUUCUGUUUUGUAAUCAACCGCGAACGAUGAAACCUUCCAUAGCUGAGAUGCUUCACAGAGGAAAGAUGUUGUGGAUAAUUCUUCUAAGCACAAUUGCUCUAGGAUGGACUACCCCGAUUCCCCUCAUAGAGGACUCAGAGGAAAUAGACGAGCCCUGUUUUGAUCCAUGCUACUGUGAAGUUAAAGAAAGCCUCUUUCAUAUACAUUGUGACAGCAAAGGAUUUACAAAUAUCAGUCAGAUUACCGAGUUCUGGUCAAGACCUUUUAAACUGUAUCUGCAGAGGAAUUCUAUGAGGAAAUUAUACACCAACAGUUUUCUUCAUUUAAAUAAUGCUGUGUCUAUUAAUCUUGGGAACAAUGCAUUGCAGGACAUUCAGACUGGAGCUUUCAAUGGUCUUAAGAUUUUAAAGAGACUAUACCUACAUGAAAACAAACUAGAUGUCUUCAGAAAUGACACCUUCCUUGGCUUGGAAAGUCUGGAAUAUCUGCAGGCAGAUUACAAUGUCAUUAAACGUAUUGAGAGUGGGGCAUUUCGGAACCUAAGUAAAUUGAGGGUGCUUAUUUUAAAUGAUAAUCUCAUCCCCAUGCUUCCAACAAAUUUAUUUAAGGCUGUCUCUUUAACCCAUUUGGACCUACGUGGAAAUAGGUUAAAGGUCCUUUUUUACCGAGGAAUGCUAGAUCAUAUUGGCAGAAGCCUGAUGGAGCUCCAGCUAGAAGAAAAUCCUUGGAACUGUACAUGUGAGAUUGUACAGCUGAAGAGUUGGCUAGAACGCAUUCCUUAUACCGCCCUGGUGGGAGACAUUACCUGUGAGACCCCUUUCCAUUUCCAUGGAAAGGACCUGCGAGAAAUUAGAAAGUCAGAACUAUGUCCCUUGUUGUCUGACUCUGAAGUAGAGGCUAGUUUGGGAAUUCCACAUUUGCCAUCAAGUAAGGAGAAUGCAUGGCCAACUAAGCCCUCCUCAAUGCUAUCCUCUGUCCAUUUCACUGCUUCUUCUGUUGAAUACAAGUCCUCAAAUAAACAGCCUAAGCCCACCAAACAGCCUCGAACACCAAGACCACCCUCCACUUCCCAAGCUUUAUAUCCUGGUCCAAACCAGCCUCCCAUUGCUCCUUAUCAGACCAGACCACCAAUCCCCAUUAUAUGUCCCACUGGGUGUACCUGUAAUUUGCACAUCAAUGACCUUGGAUUGACUGUCAACUGCAAAGAGCGAGGAUUUAAUAACAUUUCUGAGCUUCUUCCAAGGCCGUUGAAUGCCAAGAAACUGUAUCUGAGUAGCAAUCUGAUUCAGAAAAUAUACCGUUCUGACUUUUGGAAUUUUUCUUCCUUGGAUCUCUUGCAUCUGGGGAACAAUCGUAUUUCCUAUGUCCAAGAUGGGGCCUUUAUCAACUUGCCCAACUUAAAGAGCCUCUUCCUUAAUGGCAAUGAUAUAGAGAAGCUGACACCAGGCAUGUUCCGAGGCCUACAAAGUUUGCACUACUUGUAUUUUGAGUUCAAUGUCAUCCGGGAAAUCCAACCUGCAGCCUUCAGCCUCAUGCCCAACUUGAAGCUGCUAUUCCUCAACAAUAACUUGCUGAGGACCCUGCCAACAGACGCCUUUGCAGGCACAUCCCUGGCCCGGCUCAACCUGAGGAAGAACUACUUCCUCUAUCUUCCUGUGGCUGGUGUCCUGGAACACUUAAAUGCCAUUGUCCAGAUAGACCUCAAUGAGAAUCCUUGGGACUGCACUUGUGACCUGGUCCCCUUUAAACAGUGGAUCGAAACCAUCAGCUCAGUCAGCGUGGUUGGUGAUGUGCUUUGCAGGAGCCCUGAGAACCUCACCCACCGUGAUGUACGCACUAUUGAGCUGGAAGUUCUUUGUCCAGAGAUGCUGCACGUUGCACCAGCUGGAGCAUCCCCAGCCCAGCCUGGAGAUUCUCAUCUUAUCGGAGCACCAACAAGUGCAUCACCUUAUGAGUUUUCCCCUCCUGGGGGCCCUGUGCCACUUUCUGUGUUAAUUCUCAGCCUGCUGGUUCUGUUUUUCUCAGCAGUCUUUGUUGCUGCAGGCCUCUUUGCCUAUGUGCUCCGACGGCGUCGUAAGAAGCUCCCCUUCAGAAGCAAGCGGCAGGAAGGUGUGGACCUUACUGGCAUCCAGAUGCAAUGCCACCGGCUGUUUGAGGAUGGUGGAGGUGGCGGUGGUGGAAGUGGGGGUGGAGGACGACCAACUCUUUCCUCUCCAGAGAAGGCCCCUCCUGUGGGUCAUGUGUAUGAGUACAUCCCCCACCCAGUUACUCAAAUGUGCAACAACCCCAUCUAUAAGCCUCGGGAGGAGGAGGAGGUGGCUGUUUCAUCAGCCCAAGAAGCAGGGAGUGCAGAACGUGGGGGUCCCGGGACACAACCACCGGGAAUGGGAGAGGUUCUCCUAGGAAGUGAGCAGUUUGCUGAGACACCCAAGGAGAACCACAGCAACUACCGGACCUUGCUGGAAAAGGAGAAGGAGUGGGCCCUAGCGGUGUCCAGCUCCCAGCUUAACACCAUAGUGACGGUGAAUCACCAUCACCCUCACCCUCACCACUCAGCGGCUGGUGGGGUUUCAGGAGUAGUUGGGGGAACUGGUGGAGACUUGGCAGGGUUCCGCCACCAUGAGAAAAAUGGUGGGGUGGUGCUCUUUCCUCCCGGGGGAGGCUGUGGUGGUGGCAGUAUGUUACUAGACCGAGAGAGGUCACAGCCUACCCCCUGCACAGUGGGAUUUGUGGACUGUCUCUAUGGAACAGUGCCCAAAUUAAAGGAACUGCACGUGCAUCCUCCUGGCAUGCAAUACCCAGACUUACAGCAGGACGCCAGGCUCAAAGAAACCCUUCUCUUCUCGGCUGGAAAGGGCUUCACAGACCACCAAACCCAAAAAAGUGAUUACCUCGAGUUAAGGGCCAAACUUCAAACCAAGCCGGAUUACCUCGAAGUCCUGGAGAAGACAACAUAUAGGUUCUAACAGAAAGAAGAAAAUAUAUUAGUGCUUUUUUUUUUUUCCAAAAGAAAAGGAAAAUAAAAGAAAUAUAUUCCUUGCUCCCUUUACACGUGUCCCAAUAACUCCAUUCUCACGAUCUUCCCUACCCUGAACAAAACUGAAACCGCAUGAUAACUAGAGAAUACAGAUGUAUGCUCUCCCCUCUCAGAUGUGAUUUGGAGGAAGGGCCAUACUCAGAUCAUUAAUCAAUGAAGUGCCUUCGCAGACUUUUGCCAGCAGAUGUUAUCAUUAUUUUUUUAUACUGAAACUUGAGACUUUGACUGUGCCAUGUAUAAGGUAUACUGGGGAUCAUUGUAUUGAUCCUAAUUAAGUAAACUUCAAUGUGUCUUUUUAUUUUCAGUAACUAUUUUUUUUUUAGUUGUAGUUUUGUUUGAAAGGGAGGGGGGAACAAUUUGACAUUUGUCAUUUGUGGCUUUCUUUCUUCUCAUCACGGCACAGAUUCUGUACAUGUAUUAACAAUGCAGUUUGCUGCAUGCCUGGAAACUGCAAGACGGGGAGGGAGGGGGCGGGUCUUGCUCGAAUGUUCUCACUCACUCUCUUGUCUCUCACACGCAUAUCCAUCUGCAGAUUGUGGUCCCUAAACCUGCAGUUUCUUCCUGCUGGUGCAGGUACACACACACACACACAAACACACACACACACACACAUGCCCUAUACCAUUCCCAUUCAACCCAAUCUGCUUAGUUCAGGUUUGAUCCGUUUUUCUCCUCUCCAUAGUUCCAUUACCCUUCACUGCUAGUGUACAGCUCAUAGCAUCUCUCCUGUCACCCUGGGAAAAGUCACAUUCUAGGCUGGAUUCUACUGAAGUGGAGGCCUGGAGGUUUAACAGCCGAAGACAUGCGCCUAGGGAUAAGCACCCUCUUUGUGACACUUCAUCCUGAUGCCAAGAUUUUUUGGAGAACAUCUGCACUUUCUUAUAUAUAUAUAUAAUAUUAAAAAAAGCAACUGGGUAUAUAUCACUAACAGCUUUGUAGGAAGUACUUUUAAUGUUUUCUCUCUCACACAAAGAUUCAAAAGAAAUGUGCAUAUAUUUAUUCUGUAAUUUCAGUGAUUAUAAAUUGUAAAGGUAAUGUUUAAUCAUUGUAUAGUGAUUAUGCGUCUGGUAUAGCUUUCCUAAUAAAAAGUUUUUGAAAAACAUAAUACAUUAUAUAUAGAGGAUACAAAGCUUGAACCUUAAACUCCAGCUAUGCCAUGCCUUUCGUGCUCCCAUUUUAAAAAAUGUUUUCUUUUACUUGUUAUGCAGAAAGUAACUUAUUAACAGGUUUGAUGCACUGUGAUGUUGAUAAAUAUUACUACCCACCAUCCCAAAUCAGGAUACGAUUGAGACUUAAAAUCUGACUUAUAGUUUACAUUUUUUUCUUGAAUUAUGAAUUUCAAUCUUAGUAAUCAAUGAUGCACUUUUUCCUAGGCAAGACACAAGGGGGAGAAAAUAAAGCAACUAGAUUGAUAAGAAGGACAGGAUUAAUUAGGAGAAGGUAAUCAAGGAUCCAUACAGUCUAAUAAAUGACAUAAAGAAACCAGAAAGUAAAAUUGCGAUUGUUUUUAAAAUCUGUAGUUGAAUUACAUGCACACCUUCAAACACCCACACGCUUCCACGCACACACAAACACACCACCCAAUAAACAUGAAAGGCCUUGGAGCCAAUUUAGAAAGUCAGAAUCCUGUGCAAGAUGUCACUUACUUACAUUUGGCUACCAUUUUCCAGCCACUUACAGCAACUGGCCCCAAUAACUCUUGACCUAAGAAGAUGUUGAAUGAGUUUUUCUUCAUAUGACAUUAAAUGAUGUAGAAAAGUUAGCCUGACCACAGGCCAAGUUUAGAUCCAUUUAUAUGUGAGCGAAACCAAAGAAUAUUGGAUUUUUACAGUGCUGGUAUCAUGUUGGUGGAGGAAACGAAGAAAACAGACUUUGAGGCAGGCAUUUAUCUAAGUAGGCCAUUAGAGGGCAGCAGAGCUCCAGAGAUCCACAGACCCAGGCCCUGCAGAACUGCGCGUUGAGGCCAGGGUUCUCGGCUGUGUUUUCUCAAAGUGCCCAUGGUAGGGAUUAUCAUUACGUGUUGAAUGUAAUUCAUCACAAGUCACUGAUGCCUUACAUCACAUUUUUUUUCCACAAAAAGAGAAUGAGUCUAGCAGCUUCUGAAGGUGUGCGACUAAUAUAGCACGAAGGCAUUGUAG